UCCCUGCCGCCUCUGCUGGGGACCUAACUCCGCUGCCGUCCGCCCCUCCGCCCGGCCCCAGCCCUGCAGGUAGGCGCCGGGGGCUGCCCUGGGCGCCGAGCGGCUGGAAGCUGGGGGCCAUGUGCCCAGGUUUUGCUUACUCGGGUUGACUCCUUGGGGGCGACGUCUCGGGACCUCGGUUCCGGAACAAUCCUUCGCUGGCGGAGGCUCCAGUUCCCCGUUGGUGGGCGUGCCAGCCGCGGCCCCGAGGGCCUCAGUCUCCGCAUCCGUACAAUGGGCCACCCUUCUGCACCGCACCCCGGGGGCCGGACGCCCCUUUGCUCAGCGCCUCCUUCUGGUGCGGCCUCUGGGGCCGGGCUCCCACGUCCUUCGGGUCCUGCGGACCCGGCCGGAGCGCGGAACCCCCAGGCCGGGGCCGCGGUGACAGAGCCGCGCGGCCACGAAAAAGGGGAAUAUGGCGUCGGGCACUGGUCCCCGCCGGCCCCGGGGCGCCCCGGCGCCGCGCACCUGCGAAGGGCCCGAGAAGAACUUGACCGGGGCCGCAGGCGGGGCGGUCCGGAACAGGAACUGCGCGCCGAGCGGGCGCCGCCGCCCUCCGCCUGCCCACUGCCUGCGCAGGUGCGCCCGGCGGGGAAGGCGCCCGGUUUGGUUUUGUAAACCGGGGACCGCCGGCCGCCGCAGCGCUGGAGUGGCCGCCGGGCGCGUUCCAUCCGGUGACCGCGAGGGGUCCCGCCGCCCAUCCCCGCGCGGUCCAAACCAGCCCUGGGCUGGGGACUCGAGGCUCCUUAACACUUGCUCCACGCGCUCCUGUCUCCUGGGUGCGAAACGAGAAGAAAUGUAUGAAGCAAGACCCCUCUCCAGGAGCCUCUUCUUGUACACCUUCCUGCAAAACCAUGGCCCCAGCUUCCUGGACGAGCAAGUGGUGGGGGUUCCUGGCGUGACCAAUAUCUUGGAGUUCCACCCUGAGGUCUCCCCCCACAGCAGUGAGGCCCCCCAUCACCUGGCCAUGCAGCUGGCCUCCAUUGCCGAUGAUCUGGAGCUGAGGUUGCUGCUGCCCCAGUUCGCCGAGCCACUCUGGAUGAUCGUGUACAGCUCUUUCUUCCCCUUUAGCCAGAUAGGCCCGAGGGAUGUUCUUAGAAGCUUCAUGAUUGCGUUCACGAACCUCAGGGAGAACCGAAGGCUCAGGAGCAUCUUGUCCCUCAGGGACAGGGUGUCUCCCAGCCUGUGGCCCGAGCUGGCGCUGUCCCUGCUGCUGGUGGUGAUGCUUGCCUGGAGGUGACCAGCUGCUGGCCAGUGUGGGGUGGGGCAGGCCCCUCCCCCUUGACCACCACCCUGGAGGUGGCCGUUUUGGAUUUGUUGUCUUUAACUGGUGAUCUUUUUUUUUUUUUUUUUAAAUAUUUAAACUCCAAGUGCUGGGACACUGAGGUUCAUAUUCAUUUUUUUCUUUUCUUUCUUUUUUUUGUAAGAGAAAUGAAUUCAUUAUACUUCCAGGGUCGUUACUGGUGAACGCACCUGCUCCCCUGGCCCAGCCUGCGCUGUGCCGAGAAGGUGCCUCCUCCUUGUGGGUUGGUCACAGCGGACGUCAGGGGGGGUGCUGGUCACACCCCUGUGUCUGUGAUGCCUGCGGCAAAAAAGAAUCUGCUGGAAUAGAUUUCUGCAGGGUGAGGAGAGCUCAAUAAAAUGUUGGUUUCCAGCCA